GGAGCAUAGAGUAGGUAUUUGGAAAGCCUGUAUGAGGUCUUAAGUAAAGCUGGUAAACAGGAACUUGAAAAGGCACCUCGUUAUAUACUUGAUUACCUCGGUAGAUGAUUAAUCUAUCUAUUAAUCCAUAGUACCUUUCCAGACCCUAGAGGUCUACGUCAGUACUACUUAUGUUUGACCCAAGCAAUUGAGUAGUAUACCAUAUAUACUACCUAUGUAUGUCUCCGAUGUCUGUAGAAGGGGAGUCUCAACACUCGUCAGGUAAUUUAUUCACCUUCUUUACCUAGGUAUGCCUCACCUCUCAGCUGCCUCCGCUGUUUAGUUCAUUUCACCCUGCUGUAUUGAUGGAAAUGACAACAAUCUACUUAGGUAGAUUCUUCUGAAGUGGUCGAUUGUAUGUUGCCCAGUUUGCCCUACAUAUGUAGAUGUGAGGUUCCACCUAACUGGUAAGCAAGAAUAGCCAAGGUGGCCUGAGAUGAUGCAAAUUCCAUUGUCAUUGGCCGUUGUUCCUUGUCUUCGCCGAGUUUGUCAACAACCUUGGAAGACCCAUGUCGGUUCAAAGUGCGGUACACAAGCCACAGUAAGGUUCUCUUGUGUGUGUACAUGUAAGGUGCAUAUAUUUCGUACGCAGCAGGUAACAAGACAUCAACAACAAGGAUGGUUGAAUCUUCCCAUCAACCCAGCACCUCCACACCAAAAGUCACUUCCGUAGGCAUCGCAAGAUUCCAAGUUCGUUGAUGGUCUCAUUGAUCACAUAAUAACUCCGGGCAAUAAGUGGUGCAUGACUUAGGUAGUACCUACAUACGGAGUAGGUAUAUGUAGGAGGUACAGAGAGAUUAGCUUCCUUUUGUCCCUUCACGUGCCUCUCAUCACC